ACAUAAGUAGGUCGAAGCGCGGAGCGGAACAGAGCGGAAUUACAGUCGAAGUACGAAACGACGAAUUCUGUCUUAUCCUACCCGGUUAUUCAAGAAGAGAAAAUAUGGAUAGUAAUUAUAGGGCGAACAUUUUAAAGUGGCUGCCAGUACAAGGUCCAGUUUUGGAAAAAUGGUUUAAAGAUUCUUUGGAAUUGGACGGAACACUAAGAAAAGUUUCAUGGGAUAUUGACUUUUAUGUUGAAAUUACAGCGAGGGGCAAAGUUUGUGAUCAAGAGGUAUUGACGAAUUUUGUUAGAAGAUUAGAAAAGUACGCAGAGGAUUAUAGAUUGAUUUGGAAAUCUGGAGAGACAAGUCAUCCAGUUUAUAAAGCCAAGGUUCAACAUAUAAAAAUGAAUUUACAACGAAGUUUGAAUGUGGUUGCAAAAUUUAUCCGGAAUCUCAUUUACGAUAUUAUGGAUUGCAAAAAUGACGAGUUUCUAAGGAUCAUUUUCAGAUUAGUGAAUGCUUACAACAAAAUGUUGGAUUUAGAGCCAAAUUUCUCAGAACCUUCGAUAAAUAUUUUUUCUAAUAAUUGCCCUUGUAUGUUGGAACCACUCAAAAAAAUUUCUGUCACUCGAAUGCUACAAGUUUUGGCCAAAAAUAAGGUCGAAGAUUAUUGUCACGAGUUUAUUGAAUGUUUAUUAGCAAAUUAUCAAUGCAAUAUGGAUAAGGAAGAUACAAAGUCGACAGCUGAUGUUGAUUUAUCAGAAAAUUCGAGCAUCGAAAUUUAUAGAGCACUCACAAAACAUUUGACACCUCCUGUUAUGAGUUUGCCAGCAAAAGAAAUGGAAAUGUCUAACGUAGAAUCAGUCCAAAUUCUGGUAAGUAUGCAAAAUGAGGAAGUUACUAGAUUAAUGAAUAUCACGAUGAGCAUUUCUCCUGAACUUCUUGGAACCGAAGCUUUAAAAACAGUCAAUAAAGAUGAAAAAAAAAUACGAGAAAUGGCCAUGAAGAAGAUAAAAGAAUUUUAUCAGGAAGUUGCUUGGGGAUCAAUUUCUAGUAUUUUGGACCAUGUCGUUUUAUGGUGGUCGCCAAAAGCUUUGGCAGUUAGUCACAGUCGCGGUGCUCAGCAUUUUAAAGAUUGGCUACACCGUUUUCUUCAAAAACACAAAGUUCCAUCGACUGUGAGACCAGCACUUCAAAAUUUGUGCGACACUUUAGGAUGUCACGUAACAGUUACAGCUUGGGAUGAACGUUUUAGGCGAGCUUACACUUCAUCAUUUGCGUGUCAAUCAAAACCUUCAAGCGAAAUUUCGAAGGGCACGGAUACUGGUCACAAAUUUUUGGAAUUGUUCAAACUUUUGGUUAUAAAUAGUAACGAAUGUGAGACCUGUGGAGAAUGGGAUCUGGGAGCUCCUUUGAUACAACUUCCACUUUCCGAACAAAUUGUUGUUCUCCAUAGAUUAGAUCACUCAGUCCAUACGAUGAGAUUAUGGUCUUUACAGGAAGCAAAAGAAAUUGCUCACACUUGGGAUCUGGAGGUCUUUUUUCUUUUAGUAAAGGGUGAUGUGGUCAAUUGCAUGCAGGAACUACAACAUUUAAAGCUUGCUGAUCAUACAACGACUUUAGAAACAGAACCAAUCAGUGUGCAAGUUUAUGUCUGCGCUAAAAUGAGAGCCAAAAUAGUUUCUGAAGUCAAUGCCAAUAUUCUAUUAUUAAAGGAGGCUCCAUUAAAAUGUAUCAACACAUUGGCAAUUAUUUGUCGCAUUGUCAGUCUUGCAAAUUUACAUAUGUGUUUUCCAAAACCAAAUUAUUGGAGAAAAAACUGCCCUACGACACCUGCUGUGCCAAGUGGAUAUGUCGAAAGUUAUUUUGAAAAAGUCCUCUUACCAGUCUUGGAAGUGAUAGACAAUCACGAAAUUUCCAAUACGAUUCUGCGAAUAAUGUGCGAGGCUUGGCUGGAUUACAUUUAUUUACACCAAGUUAAAUUUAGUGAUUGGGGAGCUUUUCAACUUUUAACCGAUUUUGCAUACGUGUCGAAAUGGGUUAUUGAUUGCCCUGUAAUUUCGGAAAACGUCCGGAACCUUCUUCUGAAAAAUGAAGUGUUACGUCGAUGUGAAGGAGUUGGGCGCCUUCUUUUACGUCAUCCCGGAGAAGCUAUUGCCAUGAACAAACCACCACAGCCAAGCAAAAAUGAAAAUGGAUCUCCGCAGUCUCUUGGAUUAGAAAGAAUGCCAGCAGAAAUGUAUGUGCCUAAUCAAGAACAGUGGCUCGAGCUUCGUGCUCCAAAGCGCUACAAUUUUUGCUGUACUGAAUGAAAAUGCUCAAAACAUAAUUAUAUCUUUUUAUUAGGAUUAAAUAAAAAUAUAAAUUUGGGCAGUUC